AUGAUUUUAUAUGCUGCUGUUUCACUUGGAUUAGUUAACGAAGAAGAUUUUAAAGGUGACACAGGGUUAUUAGUUUAUAGUCUAAAAGACUGGGUUUUUACAUCAAUUGAUUCAAUAUUGAAUGAUUUUGAAAGUGGAAAAGUUGAUACAUCAUCUUUGGACCAACAUGACAAACUAAUGUUUACAUUGACAAUAUUAGGAACAUGUUUUUCAUCAUUAUCUGAAACAUCGACUGACAUAAAUAGAAAAAUACGAUGUUUAAAAAUAUACAAAGAAUGGUUGACAACACCAAAUUCACCAAGUCUUAUUCAAAAUAAUUGUAAAUAUGUCAAAAUGAUUCUUGGACAUAUUUCAUUACUCUUCUCUCCAGAAAAUAGAUGUUGUUCAGAUAUUGGAAUGUUAAAAACAGGAAUGUUAGAAGGUAUAGAAGUAAUGAAAGCAUUUAUAAUAAAUCACAUUACAAAACAAACUUCAUUAUUCAAAAACAAUAGUGAAAGGAAUGAUAGUAUAUCAACAAUUAUUGGAAUUAUUAUAGGAAUUAUUUUUGUUAACUACCACAAACAAUUUACUAAACCACUCAAUGAAUUAAAAAUAAUAAUAAAAUUGUUAACAAGAAUGUUAUUAAGUUGUAUCAUAGAAAAUGGGGUAGAUAACAUAAUUUAUAAGAAGUUUAUUAAAUUCUGUCCAGAGUUUCUUAAUAACAAAGAAUAUCGAGAGGUAUUUAAUUCAUAUAUAAAAACUAUUCAAGGGGUUAUUUUAAAAAAUCCAGGGAUGAAGAAUGUAACAAUUGAUAAUGAAGGAUAUUCCAAUAGAACAGACUCAAAGACUAUACGAGUGAUUUGGAUAACUUUACUUUCUUGUAUUCAGCAACCUCAAUUACCAAAAUAUAUUCAAGAAAUGAAUGAUGUAGAAAUAAUAGAAUUUAAAAAUAUGAUAGAAAGUUUGAAUGAAUGCAAUAGAACAUUAUUUAUUGAGGCAAACACGAGUAGAACAAUGAAGGUUAAAACAAUUCAUAAAUUAUAUUCACCAUUAUUUUUUUAUACACAAACUCUAUUUAGUAAAAAUGAUAAAAGUAUUGUUGGGAAUGAUGUUUAUGUAAAGAAUAACUCAACAAUGAUUUCUUUUUAUACAUGUAAUAUUAAAUAUGUUGUUAGUGAUAGAGAAGUAUUUUCAGGAAUGAUACAUUAUCUCAUUCAAGGAUUAAAAAAUAAAAAUAAUGACAUUGUUAUUCGUUUAUUACAAAAUAUUUCAGAUGGAAUUGAAUGUAUUGAAGUAAGAGAGAGAUUAUGUUAUGAAACUCUAAUAGAAGUUUUUCAAACUAUUUUGGAUAGGAUGAUUGAUAUUGUUCAAAAGAGUAAUAGGGCAGAAGACCUUAAAUCAGUUUUAUGUGUUUUAGGGUCAUUAAAAUUCUAUCAUCCGAAGUUAGUUACUAUUAAGGAUAAGAGAAUUGGAGAAUUAGUUGAAACGUACUAUAUUUUGAUUAUGAAAUUAAUGACUAAAUACACUAAUGAGCCAAUUCAACAAGAUCAAUAUUUUAAUGUUAUUGGGACAUAUAUUGAAGAUUUUUGUUCUAUACAAAGAAGAGAGAUGGCACAGAUUUUAAUUCAAUUUAUCAUUGCAAUGAAUGAUCAUGAAGGGCUUGUUCAUAAAAUGAUAGAAGAAAGUAUUAAAAUGAAAAAAGUUUUUGAAAGCAAAUGGAAUUCCCUAUUAAAUGUUUUAAGUAUUGUUUGUACAACACUCUAUGUUAUUGAAAUGGAUCCAAAUAAAAAAUUAGGUGAAUUUAUUGAGAAAGUAGUACAGUGCAUUACACCAAUCAUUAGUAAGUUACAAUCCCUAUUAACACGAGGAUUAAUGAUUAAAUAUCUUCAUUUAUUAAUUACACUGGUUACACUAACUCCAGAAGUAGCAACAAAACACUUUACUGAAAUGACAAAGUUGUUUACUGGAAUAACAUCAUGUAAUUGUACAAGGGAUGAAAUUGACAAUAUGUAUAAAUAUUAUUUAUAUUAUUUUUGUAAAGCAGGAAAUAUGGGUAUUUGUGAAAAUGAAAAAGAGUUAAUCAAAAAAGUCGAUAUUGAACAAGUUAGAGUUUUUGGAAGUAAGGAUAGGUUACUUACAAUUAUUGACCAAAUGGAUGGAAGUGUACAAUGUGUUAUUAGAAAUUGGACUGGGAUUCAUUCAAUCAAAAUUCGAGGAUCAUUUUUAGAAAAGAAAGAAGUUGAAGGAAGUUGGGAAAGAAAAGAAUUGUUUAUUCAAGGAAUUGAAAAUGGAGAAGUACCACAAACUAUCAAAAAAUAUAUUGAAAAAAAGCAUAUUGAAGUUAUAAAAAAGGAUCAAAUGGUUAUCAAUAUUAAGAAAAUAGAAGAACAUAAGAGUGAACCAGAGAAGAGAUGGAAUAAUUCAAUGAUAUCAGCAAAUAUUUAUAAUAUGAUUGGACAGAAAGAAGACAAAUGUAUUUUGUUUGAGAAAGAAGAAUUAAACAAGUUUUAUAAAGAAGAAUCUACAACAAUUAAAUUAAAUAUCAAAUGUAGGAUAGUCAAUAAGAAAUUCAAUGAAAUAAUGAAAGGAAUGAAAGAAAGAGAAGAAAAAGAAGUUUUUGAUGAGAUGUUAGGGACUAAAAUAAUUAUUAGAGAAAAUGAUUUUUAUGGUACUAAAAGAGUAGGAUUAGCAGAGUUUGAAUAUUCAAAUAAAAAAGGAGAUUGUGUGAUAUACAUCAACACUGAAAAAGAAGGGAAAGUUGAUGAAACGUAUAGUAUAGUUAUUAAACAAGUUGUUGGAGGAAUUUAUACAGCAAUCAUAGAAAAAACAGGAAAUAAUGAAUAUAUCCAAACAGGUUAUAAACAUCCAUAUUCAAUUAUUUCAUCGGUUGAAAGAGAAUUAACUAAUUUAGUUAUUGAAAAUAAUACAGAUAUAUUAUUUAUAAACACUAAACAAUUUAAAGUUAUUCCAGAAGUUGAUCUUAGUCGUGGAAUAAAUGCAAUAGAAGGAUCAAUAUUAUCAAGAGAAUUUGCAAAAAGUAUUAAUGAGAAAUAA